CCAACAGCCAAUCGUCCAAACGACGUCGUGGAAAGACCUUUGACUCCUGUCAACCCACUGUUGCCAUACUUGUUCCUCUUUUACGAGGUAGCCUUAUAAAUCUAGAUUCUUCUGGAACGUUGCUGAUCCAUUAACCCGGCUCCGCGUGCCCGCUUUUGGCCCUAGAAUCCCGUGGCUUAACCUCGAAGUUAUCCUCCGAUCAAAUUCAAAUUCCACUCCCAAAAACCACUUCAUCCUCCCCUCCUCUCUCUCCGAUCCCUCCGUCUUCGCAAACUGAAAUAAAGCUGCUGAGGUACUAUGGCAAAUGUGUACUCUCAUGAAGGCUCUGCCACAAGCCAUGUUUCUGGAGAAGGUUCAGAUGCAACUAUAGAGCUCAAUAUCAAGACUUUAGAUUCUCAGAUUUAUAGUUUUCAGGUUGACAAAAAUAUGCCAGUUUCCGUAUUCAAGGAGAAAAUAGCAAAUGAAAUCAGUAUACCAGUGAGUCAGCAACGGCUGAUUUUUAGGGGAAGGGUUUUGAAGGAUGAACAUCUCCUUUCCGAAUAUCAAGUGGAAAAUGGGCAUACACUGCACGUGGUUGCAAGGCAGCCUACUCAACCACAACCUUCAGCUACUACAAGCUCUGGGGAUACAAUGGGGAAUAAUAGUAAUCAGGUAAACGAUGCAAGCGCUGGUGCCCCCCGAAAUCGCAUUGGGCAUGUAUCUCACAGUGUGGUUCUUGAGACAUUUAAUGAUGGGGACCAAGGGGAAGGCAUUGUUCCAGAUGUCUCUCGGGUUAUUGGGGCUGUUCUAAACUUGUUUGGAGUUAAUGGCCAGACAGCAACCAGCAGCAUAGGUGGCAUGCAGUCAUCAAAUAUGCCAAAUUUUACUGGUCUAGCUUCUCAGGGAAGUGAAACUGGUGGAUCGCGUGGCAAUGUUGGUGGUCAGAGCUCUGCAGGAAAUCAAACACGGUCUGGCCAGCCAUUUCAAUCAGCACCUCAAGUUGUGCAAGUUCCUCUGUCUGCAGCUAUACCUGUUCCUUCACUUCAUUCGCCAAUUCCUGAUUCUUUGAACACACUUUCCGAGUUCAUUACACGCAUGGAACGGGUGCUAGCUCAAAAUGGUAAUCAGCCAAAUACAUCAACAACAAGCAUGGAAGACCCAUCAAGGGUAGAAUUACCUUCCAAUGCACGGGGCUAUCCGACGCCUGAAGCAUUGAGCAUUGUCUUACGUCAUGCAGCACGGCUUCUCAGCGGUCCCGCAACAACUUCAUUAUCUCAUAUUGCAGGAUGCCUGGAACAAAAUGGUUCCUCUACUGAUCCUGCUACAAGGGGUCAAAUUCAGACAGAAACAAUGCAAGUAGGCCUUGCAAUGCAACAUUUAGGUGCUCUUUUUCUGGAGCUUGGUCGCACAAUCUUGACACUACGUAUGGGACAACCUCCGAUGGAACCUUCUGUAAAUGCUGGGCCUGCUGUUUAUAUUUCACCAUCAGGGCCUAAUCCCAUAAUGGUCCAGCCUUUCCCUCUUCAAACCAAUUCCCUUUUUGGUAGUUCGGUUCCACCAUCAAAUCCCAUGGCAUUCGGUCCUGUUGGUGUUGGAAAUGCUCCAAGGCAUGUAAACAUUCAUAUACAUGCUGGGACCUCGCUAGCAUCUGUUAUUCCAACCAUUGGUACCAGGACAAGUGGUACAGGGAUACAGGGAGAACAUGGUAGUGCUGCUGGUUUGGGUGUUUCAGGCCCCGAGCAGGCGCUGCCAGCAAGAAAUGUUGUUGCAGCAACAGUCCCUUCACCCUCAGCAGGUGUUACAGUUGCUGCACAACCUGGUCUUGGGCUUUCAAAUUCACAGCCACCUUCUGAUUCCAUGUCAUUAAGCUCUAUAAUGAGCGGAAUAAACUCGCAACUUAGACAACUUGCUGGCAAUAGGCAAGGAGGAAACCAGCCCGCAUCAGGCUCCGCUGGAUCUGUAGCAGGCAAUAAUCCAACAAACUUACAGAUGAAUAGCACUGUGGUGAAUGGAGCUGGGGAAUCUAAUGUGUCAUUACCUGGAGUUAUGUCAGAAUGCCAUGACGAGAAGGCCCAAGUACAUGACAAUGAUCCUUUGAGCUUGAAAGACAUACCAUCUUCUUCAGUGGACGUAUCGUCUUCUUCAGUGAACAUACCAUCAUCUUCAGUGAAUAUAUCAUCUUCUUCAGUGGAAUGUCCUAAUGUAGAAACUUCUCAGAAGUCUCAAGAUACUUCUCAAAAUUCUUCCAGUUCCUGCACUAAAGCAGUUCCACUUGGUUUGGGUUUGGGGAGUUUGGACCGCAAGAGACGAACCAAGCAGCCAAACUCACUUGGUAGUGGUGAUAGUGGAACAACCAAUACCCAUCUCAAUCGGAACCCAGAAGCUGGAAUCAGUGGCCAACAGCUUUUACAGUCUCUUGCAUCUCGCAGCUCUAGUACAAAUAGGGCUGGUGCAAAUGACACACCCCCAGAUCCAGUAGCCCCCCUUCCUGGGCAGGUCAUGGAGGGUAGACCACCAAGAGAUUUAAGUGCUGAUGGCCAGUUUGACAGUGCUAGUGCUAUGUCUCAGGUCCUACGUAGUCCUGUUAUGAAUAAUUUGUUUGCAGGGGUUUCAGAACAAACCGGUGUUGGUUCUCCCAACGUCUUCAGGAAUAUGUUGCAACAGCUCACUCAGAAUCCCCAAAUAAUGAAUACUGUCAGUCAGAUUGCUCAGCAGGUUGACGGCCAAGAUCUAGGAAAUAUGUUCUCAGGUUUAGGCAGUGGCCAAGGCGGCGGAUUUGAUCUGUCAGGGAUGGUCCAACAAAUGAUGCCUGUUGUUUCCCAGGUUCUUGCCCAUGGAUCACCUACUCCCCAGCUGUUUCCUACCCCAGAAUCUGAACCCCAGACGCGAUCCAAUGAGAGGGAAUCAAUUGGAGCUGAAAAUCCUAAUGAUAAUAACAUUCAGAUCAACCUCCACGAAGUGGCUCAGAGGAUUGAACAGUUUGCUGCACCUCAAGAUGUUUUUCAAGCCAUUGUUGGCAAUGCAGUAAGGUUGAAUGGCAAUGGAAGCAAUGCUGAAGAUAUUCAGCAUGAAUUGAACAACAAUGAGGAUUUAGCCAGUAAUUAUAUAGAGAUGCUGCAGCGUGAUAUUCAGCGGCGACUUCAGGAUGACUAUGGGGAGGACAAGUGCUAACCAUUCUGUGUUGAAAUGGUUUUGAUAUUUCUCAUGUGAUACAGAUCCAAACAAAUUUCGGGAUAUGAUCACCUCUGCUGGGUCACCUUCAAAUUACUCUUUCAGUCUGUAGAAUGUUGUACAAAAUCAAGCUUUGGGGCUUGAGGUGCUCCAAAUUAUAGGUUGUUGGCAGUUUCGGCUUGAAUUGCUGCUAGUUAGCAUUCCAUGCUUGAAUUCUGUUCGUUUGUGUUCUUUUGGCGGGGAUUCCACAAUCCUUUUAUAUAUUUUAUUAGUCUUGGAUUUGAAUCGUUUGAUAAAUCUCCGGUUCUAAUUGUCAAUCUCUACGACCAUUCUACUCAUCUUUCCUUGUUCCCUAGUACCCCUCCUAAUGCCAUGUUUCAGUUUUUUUUUAUCCACUCGUAAAUGAGGAUGGUCACGGGUCGGUUGCUCGGGUCAUUUAUGGUUUUGGAUCCUCUUUGCUCGGUCGGAUUUUCAUGUUCUAUAAUAUUUGUAAUAUAUUCAAGUACAAUACAGAUUAUUGCAUGUGAUUAAAUAUGAGUGACAAUACGCUUGGUUGCUAUUGACGGAAA